AUGGCCUUCCCCAGCGUGCGGAGGAGGCUCCUGCACCCGCUCCCCGCUGCUCCGGACCCCUCCAGGCGGAAGGCCCGCGCGUGUGCACACGCCUCCAAGCUGGGCUCCCGGGCCUCGGCGCCGUGGUUGCCCAGCGCGCUCCGCGGCCUCUGCGCCUGGCUGGACGGGCUCCCGCUCAGCCGUCCCAAGCGCCACCUGGCCCGGGACUCCAGCGACGGCGUGCUGCUGCCGGGGAUCGUGAAGCAUAUCCGCCCCCAGCUGGUGGACCUGCCCAGCCGUGUGCCCACCUGCAACACGGACCAGAAGCUCGGCAGCUGGAGCAUUCUCAACGGGCAGGGAAGUCACAAGCUGAGUUUCUGUGUCUCAGAGGCUGACGGCCGAGAGGUGGUGGCCAGCAUGCCCGGGGCCAUCGAGCCCAUGCUGUGUGUGCUGAGGGAAAAGGUGGUUGCCAUCGCUAUCCGCGAGGACCCUCCCAGCCUGCUGCACCCCCCGGCGCCCUCCAGGGUGAAGACCCCCUGGAGUCAGAGGGCUGCGGAGAAGGCGGGACACGCUGUGUGCCAAGGGCGUUUGCCUUCCCGUCGAGCCCCAGCUGCGAGCCCUGGAAUGCAGCAGCUGCUGGAGGAGAAGCAGCAGGCGCUGGCCAUUCUGCAAGAGACAGUCAAGAGUCAGCACAAACCCACUGGCCUGCUCCGCCCGGGGCUGCAAGGGGCAGGCAGCCCUCCCGUGCCCUGCGCCCGCGUGGCUGUCACCCCGACCCCCGGGCCCACUUCCCACAGGGCCUUGCCUGUGGCAGCCGAGUCCACCUCCCUCCGGGGCGGCCCGCUCUGCGGCCGUGCGGCCUUGCGGCUGGGGCUCUCCCGCGUGCGGCCGCACGCUGUCUGGUGGUCUGAGGGACACCUUGUGCCCAGGGUGCGGGGCACCAGUGGGCAGAAACGGGCGGUGUGGGGGCCAGGGGCUCAGCGCUGCCCAGGGUCCCCGACCAGCGUGGAGGUGAAGACGCGGGCCCGGCUGCUGUGA